CCGCCCGCCGCGCGCCCCUCCCCGCCCGCCUUCCCAGCUUCGCCCAGCUCUUCUCUUCCCGUUUGAGGUGGCUGCCGGCCUCGCCUCCUCGCCCGCUCCAUUUUGCGUGGCCUCCUCGCUUUCCUGACCUCUCGGGCCCGAGAGCGGCCUGAGCGCCUCCCCGCCUCCUUAGGGUGGCCGCAGAGCCGCUGCGCCUUCGCCUUCCUCGGGCCCUCGGUCCUCGCCCUGCCCCGCCAUGAAUGAGGAAUACGACGUGAUCGUGCUGGGCACCGGCCUGACGGAAUGCAUCCUGUCAGGUAUAAUGUCAGUGAAUGGCAAGAAGGUUCUUCACAUGGAUCAGAACCCAUAUUAUGGAGGAGAAAGUGCAUCUCUAACACCGCUGGAAGAUUUAUACAAAAGAUUUAAAAUACCAGGAUCACCACCAGCAUCAAUGGGAAGGGGAAGAGACUGGAAUGUUGACUUGAUUCCCAAGUUCCUUAUGGCCAAUGGUCAGCUGGUUAAGAUGCUGCUUUAUACCGAGGUCACCCGCUAUCUGGAUUUUAAAGUGACUGAAGGGAGCUUUGUCUAUAAGGGUGGAAAAAUCUACAAGGUUCCUUCCACUGAAGCAGAAGCUUUGGCAUCUAGCUUAAUGGGACUGUUUGAAAAACGCCGCUUCAGGAAAUUCCUAGUGUACGUUGCCAACUUCGAUGAAAAAGAUACCAGAACCUUUGAGGGUGUUGAUCCAAACAAGACUACAAUGCGAGAUGUGUAUAAGAAAUUUGACUUGGGCCAAGAUGUUAUAGACUUCACUGGUCAUGCUCUUGCACUUUACAGAACUGAUGACUACUUAGAUCAACCGUGUUGUGAAACUAUUAAUAGGAUUAAACUUUACAGCGAGUCUUUGGCAAGAUAUGGCAAAAGCCCUUACCUUUACCCAUUGUAUGGCCUUGGAGAACUGCCACAGGGGUUUGCAAGGUUAAGUGCUAUUUAUGGAGGUACCUAUAUGCUGAAUAAGCCAAUUGAAGAAAUCAUUGUACAGGAUGGAAAAGUGGUUGGUGUAAAGUCUGAAGGAGAGAUUGCUCACUGUAAGCAGCUCAUCUGUGACCCCAGCUACGUAAAAGAUAGGGUAGAAAAGGUGGGCCAGGUGAUCAGAGUUAUUUGCAUCCUCAGCCACCCUAUCAAGAACACCAAUGAUGCCAACUCCUGCCAGAUCAUUAUUCCACAGAACCAGGUCAAUCGAAAGUCAGACAUCUAUGUCUGCAUGAUUUCCUCUGCACACAAUGUGGCGGCACAAGGGAAGUACAUCGCCAUAGUCAGCACAACCGUGGAGACCAAGGAGCCUGAGAAGGAAAUCAAACCAGCUUUGGAGCUCUUAGAACCAAUUGAACAGAAAUUUGUCAGCAUCAGUGACCUCCUUGUACCGAAAGACUUGGGAACAGAAAGUCAGAUCUUUAUUUCCCGCACAUAUGAUGCUACAACUCACUUUGAGACAACCUGUGAUGACAUUAAAGACAUCUAUAAGAGGAUGACAGGAUCAGAGUUUGACUUUGAGGAAAUGAAGCGCAAGAAAAAUGACAUCUACGGGGAGGACUAACAGCAGUGUAUGCUGUGAUCUCUUUCGGACAGAUUUAAAAUUUGGCAAAUAACGCGUUAUAUUAAAUCAGUCUUGUAAGGCCUGCUUUUGUAAUCACAAUGGAGAGAUUGAAGACCUCUGUGCCAGUGACUAUCCCUCCCCUCCGUCUUUCUAAUAUCAUGUAUUAACUUGUUUUCAUGGAGUGGCUAUUCAGAAUUGGCAGGUUACCACAUUCUGUUCAAUUUAACCAAACUGGCUUUUUUUUCUAGUGAAGGAUCAGUUUUAAACAAAUGUUGCAAUACUGAUACAGAGAAUUUGAGACAGUAUUUUUGUCUUUUUAAUCAGUGUAGUCUUUGCAAUUAUGUGCCUCUGCUCUCAGGAGCUGGCUCCAUAUAAUUUGUGUGCCAUCUGUCCUCUUGACAUCAAGGAGACUCUAAAUUGAAUAUUCCAUGGUUUGGGGUGGCAUCCGUAAGUUUUCCCUUUAAGUUUAUAUACUGUGUUAUGUCAAGUAUUAUGUCAGGGCCCAGAUAGCGUAGCCAGUUUGGUUUGUAUGGGCAUAAGAUCUUAACCAAACUCCAGACUUAGGGGGUCAUUUGGAGGAAGCCAGUAGGUGAUGUUUUAACCUAAUAAAAUUGAUGAGAGGAGGGUGAGGAGCCCAUCAUAAAGCAGGUAAAAUCCGCAUGCGUCUUCUGUGUGCCAGGCGUGGCUUUUGCAGAGGACCAAGCUGCAAUGCAGUGCUGACUUGAACAGAGCCCCCUGCUCCUGUCUCAGUGACCCCGAAUGAUUUCUGUGCUUCGAAAUAAAGCCAGAUGCUGGGAACCAGUGCUCUCUGCGGUCUGUAGUUUCCUGACUAUAAUGGCCAUGCUGCCAUGUGUUUAACUCAAAGCAGAGCGGAAAGCAGUGCCAGGUGUGGGGUACUGGUCAGAAGGAGUGCUCACAGGGCAGCGCCUGUGGCUCAGUGGGAGGGCGCCAGCCCCACACACAGAGGGUGACGGGUUCGAACCUGGCCCCGCCAGCUAAAACAGCAGUGGCAACAGCAACAAAAAGCCAGGCGUUGUGGCGGGCGCCUGUACUCCCAGCAAUUCGGGAGGCUGAGGCAAAAGAAUUGCCCUAGCCCCAGAGCUGGAGGUUGCUGUGAGCUGUGACAUCAUAGCACUCUACCAAGGGUGGCAAAGUUGAGACUGUCUCAAAAAAAAAAAAAAUGUGUUCAGGCACAGCUCCAGGGCAGAGUCCCUGCUGUCUGGCUUCCUUGUGGGUAGAUGUCAAUUUUUUUUUGAGACAGCCUCACAGCAACCUCCAACUCCUAGGCUCAAGUGAUUUUUUUUUUUUUUUUUUGUAGAGAUAAGAGUUUCACUGUACCGCCCUCGGGUAGAGUGCCGUGGCGUCACACGGCUCACAGCAACCUCUAACCCUUGGGCGAUUCUCUUGCCUCAGCCUCCCGAGCAGCUGGGACUACAGGCGCCCGCCACAAUGCCCAGCUUUUUUUUGUUGCAGUUUGGCCAGGGCUGGGUUUGAACCCGCCACCCUCGGCAUAUGGGGCCGGGGCCGGCGCCUUACCGACUGAGCCACAGGUGCCGCCCGGCUCAAGUGAUUCUAAUGCUCCACCUCCCAAGUAGCUGGGACUACAGGGGUCCGCCACAACGCUCGGCUAUUUUUUUUUUUUUUUUUGGGUGCAGCCAUCAUUGUUUGGCAAGCCCGGGCUGGAUUCGAACCCACCAGCUCAGGUGUAUGUGGCUGGCGCCUUAGCCGCUUGAGCCACAGGCGCCAAGCCCAGAUGUUAGAUUUUUUUUUUUUUUUGGUAGAGACAGAGUCUCACUUUAUGGCCCUCUGUAGAGUGCUGUGGUCUCACACAGCUCACAGCAACCUCCAACUCCUGGGCUUAAGCGAUUCUCUUGCCUUGGCCUCCCGAGCAGCUGGGACUACAGGCGCCCGCCACAGCGCCCGGCUAUUUUUUGGUUGCAGUUUGGCCGGGGCCGGGUUUGAACCUGCCACCCUCGGUAUAUGGGGCCUGCGCCUUACCGACUGAGCCACAGGCGCCUCCCGAUGUCAGAUUUCUUGACACAAUGUAACUACUCGUCUCUUUGAUAAUCUCAGUACUGCCUUAGAACAAAUGUUUACUACACAAAUAGUUACUGCCUUUAAUAAUUUUGCUUAUAAGGCUGGCUAUAAUUGUAGUACUCUGGGAGGCUGAGGUGGGUGAAUUGCCUGAGUGGGUGAAUUGCCUGAGUUCACAGGUUCGAGACCAGCCUGAGUCAGUGAGACCCCCCCCCCGCCUCUAAAAAUAGUAGCUAGGUGUUGUGGUGAGUGCUUGUAGUCCCAGCUAUUCAGGAUGCUAAAACAAGAGGAUCACUUGAGCCCAAGAGUUUGAGCUUGCUGUGAGCUAUGACAUAAUAGCACUCU